AUGUCUUCCACCGAUUACAAAUUUGAGGGGUGGUUGGGCUUCGACAAGUCCGCGGCCGAAGGAAACAUGAAAUGGGCCGAGUUCGAACCCAAACCGUGGGAGGAAACCGAUGUUGAUAUCAAGAUUACACACUGCGGAAUCUGUGGUAGCGACCUUCACACCCUACGAAGUGGCUGGGGCCCAACCAACUACCCUUGCUGUGUCGGGCACGAGAUUGUCGGCACCGUCGUACGUGUUGGUUCCAAGGCGGAGGGCGGCCUAAAGUUUGGUGACCGCGUUGGUGUUGGCGCUCAAAGCGAUUCGUGCCAGGGCCGCAAGGGUGACUGCGAGGCCUGCGCGUCGGGGAUGGAGAACUACUGCGGUGUGCACCACGUCGGCACCUACAACGGCGUCUACCUCAACGGCGGCAAGUCCUACGGUGGAUACGCUCUCUACAACCGCGCCCCCUCGCGUUUCGUUGUCAAGAUCCCGGACGCCAUCAGCUCGGCCGACGCAGCACCCAUGUUGUGCGGUGGCGUCACUACGUAUGCGCCCUUAAAAAACCACGGUACCGGGCCGGGGAAGACGGUCGGCAUCAUCGGUCUGGGCGGGCUGGGUCACUUUGGCGUCAUGUGGGCCAAGGCCUUAAAAGCCGACAAGGUCGUGGUUGUUUCGCGCACGUCGGCCAAGAAGGAGGAUGCGCUGAAGAUGGGGGCCGACGAGUUUAUUGCCACGGCCGAGGAACCUGAUUGGGCCAAGAAGCACGCUUCGACACUCGACAUCAUAGUCUGCACAGUCUCAUCAUCUUCGAUGCCCCUGAUGCAAUACCUGUCUCUACUGCGUUUCGAUGGGACGUUCGUCCAGGUUGGAGCCCCGGAAGAUGGUCUACCGACUAUCCAACAAUUCCCUCUCAUCUUCAAACGCCUCAAGAUCACAGGCUCGUUGAUUGGUUCCCCGGAUGACAUCAGGGAGAUGUUAGCUCUGGCCGUGGACGCAAAGGUCAAGCCAUGGAUACAGGAGGUCCCGAUGAAAGAUGCCAACAAGGCGAUUGUGGACAUGGAAGCGGGAAAGCCGAGAUACCGCUCUGUCCUUGUCAACGAGCCUCAGGGAGUCUCGCAGGUAAAAGCGGGAUUGUGA